AUGGUAGUCGUCACCGACAGCGAGCAUUGGAGCAUUGACACACGCACCCAAGCACUCCACCUCUUGAAGAGUGAACAACUUGUCUGGAGUGGUCUGGCCCGGCUUAAUCUUCAAAAAGUCAGUGACUGCCUUCAUGAUUUCAUCAGAGCCACACAAUUGACAGGGCGUGGUGGUGCAGACUUGGAUAUUGUACUUGCCCAUAGGGUGUCUCAUGUACAUGGUGUAGAAAGUGGCCACUUCGUACACUCUCAUUGGAGGCAUGUCCAACAUCUUGGCAACGUAGUUCAUGACAGAAAUCGAGGUGAAACCAAUCUGGCGCUGGCCCAAGUCCAACAACGGCAUGCAUGCGCCCUUUUUGUACUGAGGUGGAUACUUGGCAAUGAUCUCCUUGGCCCUCUUCAAGUUCUCGGCCGUGAACUCAAAAGGCAUCUGUUGGUUGUCCUCUUUAGUGUCUCUGUGGACAGAGAUUAUGCUGGUUCUGGUGGACAUUUUCAUGGGGGCAUAGCUGCCCAAUCUUUUAGGCACGUAACGGAACAUGAUGUGAAAAGGCUACUGCUGGCAAGCGAGGAGAGAAAUGCAAACAGCCGGUUCAGAUGUUUUUCUUCAAUGUUCUUAAGCGGUACUGGCUCUUUUUUUUGCGUGCGUAACCUGAAAAUGGGAAGUGCUCAUUGGCCCAAGGUCUGCACCCGUACCUCUGGUCUGGUCACCUACAAGACACAGAAUACAAGACAAGUACAAAGAAAUGUGUAUCGGCCCAUGACACAGAAAAAGAUGUUCGGAAUAGCGUCACAAUAA